AUGCAUCGUUGGCCAAUUACGCAUAAAUCAAAGGAGGAGCGGAAAAUCAUUGUGACAAACAUAUCACCUCGAGUGACACCAUCACAGCUUCAGUCGUUCUUCUCAAAAUUCGGAAAGGUGUCGCAUUGCUCGCUGCCACGAGAAGACAGACGAACUUCUAUGUUUGGCACGAUGCCGAAGUUUCUGAAAAACUGUGGCACAGCGACUUUGACAUUCAAAAAGGCUGAGGAUGCUGACAGAGCGAAAAAUGCUGCACCUGAAGAGCUCAAAUUUUAUGAUCAGUGUAUGGUCGUGGCACCGUAUGUCUCGAGACGAAAAGGCACAAAAGGUGUGAUACUUGCUGACGAAAGUAAAGACGAAACGUUUGAUCUAUCUCGUGCCUCUUCUAAUCAGUCACUAGCUUCGACUACAAUGUCAACGAGCGGCUUUGAGACUCGUUUGGCCAGAGAUUGUGAGGGUUUCGGGAAGCAUAAUCCGUUUCGUAACUAUCAUCUCAAGUCCAUACUAAGACGUGCUGGAGUUCAUCUGAAAUCGCUGGAUAUGAAUGGCAUAGUGCACUUGAUGGAUGAGAAGGCCCUGGAAAUUAUUGCAGCUAGCUGUCCAAUAUUGGAAGAGUGGGAGGCCCUAGGUGAUCUGGGCGAGUCGUUGACGAAUUUGAAGAGGUUGACGUACAGGGACAUGGACAACGCUUCGGACAAGGCGUUCUGGUUCCUCAUUAAGGACUGUGGUCGCGGACUGCGCAAAAAGGUUUUUCCCGUUGAUCUGCUGUGGAUGCUUCGAUUACAUGUAGUGUUUCCGAUUGUUGAGCGAACGCUGGCGGGAACAGUGAUUAAGUGCCGGAUUCAUCGUAGAUGGUUGAGAAGUCUGAGGAAGAAAACUACGCACAAGUACGAGUUUCAGUUGUAUCUGGACGGGUGUGUGCACGUGGACGAAAGAGCGCUGGAAGAUCUGUGCACCUGUGCUGCUGGAUUGAAAGAACUACGGCUCAACGAUUGUUUUCAAAUAACAGAUGAGAAUUUGAGCAUGAUUUCUCGAAUGUUGGUGGAUUUGCGGGUGUUUACAUUGUGCGGUGACCGUUUCGACAAACUUUCGUCAGCUGGUAUGGCUCAUAUCAGUAAUAUGACCCUUGACUAUAAUGCACUGGUUGAUGACAAGUUUUUGUUGUCAAUCUGCAAAGAGUUGAAAAGCUUGAAAACGCUGAGUCUGUCGAAUGCCGGCACCGAUCAAACACUGACGGCAAAAGGACUGACCGCUAUUGCACAAUUGAAGGCGUUGGAACAGCUUGAUCUCUCUUCACUUGCCGCUCUUCGAUCGGGUGUUCUGCUCGAAAUCGUCUUCUCAUGCAGAUCGAUAACGCUUCUACAGCUGAGAAACUGCGUUUAUUUAUCUGAUGACGGUAUUAAAGGACUCACAAGGAUCAAGGGCCUCCGACAUGUGGACCUGAGUGGAUCUAUAUUGAUUACCAAUGAUUCGAUACAAGAGUUCAUCAAAGGGUUCCCACAAGUUAAAGGAGAGAAUGGUGCAGUGACCAUCGUCAUAGGCGGAACGGCUGCCGAUUCUUCACGUCUGUCGAUGCGUGGCAGUCGUGUAGUCGUUGACCUGAGUGACUACACGUCCAUACUCUCAGUGUCGUCACAUAGGCGGUCUAAUUCAUUCAGGAUAGGUACAUUAUCGGAUGAUGAGCUAUCAGACGAUGACUUCGAAAAUCUCACCACACAGCGGUCAUUCUAUAUUGACGCCGUAUGUGGCGAGGAAGAAUCGCCGAUUGAAGACGUAAACGAAUUGCAACAGUGGGUGGAGAGAGAAGCACGAAACCUCGGACUACUCGAAAAAUAA